AUGGACUCGCGCAUUCUCAGAUACAACAACGGCUCCAUCGUGCACGUCGUCCGUCCAUGCCACAACGGCGACGGCGCUGACUUGAUCGCGGUCGGAGGCGAACACUCUGUCGACAUUCUUCAGGCGACUCCCUCUACCUCUGUAAAACGCGUCGCGUCGUUUCACGUCGGCUCCCGUAUCACCGCCCUCGCAUGGUCUCCAAAGUCUGUUUCUCCUUCGGCCGGUGACGAAUGGUCUAUCGAAAUUGUGGCUGCUGCCGUAGACUAUAGUCUACAUCUUUUGACCAAGUCCCAUGACUCUGCAGAACACAUCUUCCAAUUUGGUGGCGGUCUCAGCGGUCACCACGGCAGAAUAAACGACAUGUGCUACUGUGGAGGCCAGAGUCAAGAGAACGUCCGAUAUGUUGCCACCGUGUCUGAUGAUAAGAUGCUCAUGAUAUGGGACCUCUACCCUGCGGUUGACAUCUCCUCCAAUAUUCUCUCCGCCUCUUCAAGAGAGGAGCCUGUGUCAUCCCCGACUCCACGGGCCCAACCAACGGCAUAUGUCAUCUCCUUCCCGCAUCCACUGACCUCCGUAUCACCCCAUGUCUCUAGCAGCAAGGAGUUUCUGGUCUCCGAUUGUCGUGGUUCCAUAUUCAUCACCGACUGGCGCUCUGAUCCGGACCAGGUUGACACCUUUGCUCGGAGACAUGGUACCGUCAUUGAACUCGUCGAGCCUGCCGCGCUUUCGCAAGCCUUGACUGGUACUCUUGCGCAGUGGGCGGGCUCUGCAGGGUGGAAACCUACGACGCCUGAAAUUGUCGGAGCAGCGUACGGCUCGUCUUUCUCAAUAUGGGACUUGUCCAACAUCAGAGGAGGGAAACCUCAGUUCUCCGCAACGACCUUCCCCGAGGGUGGAAAACAUUUCAGGUGGUCUCCCCAGCGACCCGACGUUUUCGCAGUCAGUGGCCAGCCGUCAAGCCAAGGGGCCAUGAUCCAUGUGUACAAUACGGCCUACCUGCAAGCUCAACCCAAUGCUGUUCAGGUCGCUCCUGCACCGCACUGCAUAAGAGACUUCCACUUCAUGGCUGUCAACGACGGCUUGGCUAUGGUAGCAGCUGUCGACCAAGAGGUUCUCAUCUUUGCCUUGGGAACAGAUUAGUCUGCUUUCGGGGUUGAUUGCGCGUAAUCAGAAAAAAAAACGACAUUACAGAUCGACACUAAGCGAUCUCUACUAUAAGUUGAGAUACAUGUAAGGUAUAAUACUCAGGGCCGGAAUCUAGCCUGGCUGACUUGAGCCUGCUGUACGUAUGGAUGUUGGCCAUAUUGUGCUUCGUCCUGUGCUGCGAAUCGAUACGGAUCUUGACUAGGUGGCACCAUGUCGUUAGCAUCAAACCCGCAAUCCUGAAACAUCUCCCUCGCAUAGUUGUUCAUUCCAGAAUCCGUUGCAGGGGCCAUAAAGUACGUGAAUCCCGCUUCCCCAUUGUAAGGGACGGGCAGCGUUCUUUGCUCCCCGUAAACGGGUACCCUUUGCUGUGGUGGAUAAGGAUAUACGUCGUUCUUGAAAUGGUUUCCGUCAGGAUAGCUAGUGGUGCCCGUUGGAUAAUC